AUGCGGAUGCUGGUGCUCUCUGCUCUUCUACUCCUACUAGCAACUUUUAAUGUGGCGGACUCUUAUAAAAUACUGGUUUACAACAAUUUGUUUGGACAUAGCCAUAUAAAAUUCUUGGCAGCGGUGGCGGAUACGUUGACAGAAGCGGGACAUGAUGUGACAGUCCUAAUGCCAGUGAUCGAUGUGGCUCAGCGAAAUCGAACAGUGCUAAAAAAUCUGUCAAUCAAACAAAUUUUUAUUGAAGCCGAUGAUGAAGUUGUAGAGAUUUACGGCCAAACUAGCAAAUUUCUGGCAAAUCUGUGGACUGCAGAAACUAAAAAUCCCAUUGAGAUGUACAUGAAUCCAGCACCAAUAGUUCCACUCUUCGCAAAACAGUGUGAUAAGGUUAUGAAGUCCAAAGACAUCCUCGAACAGCUCAAAGCUGAAGAAUUCGACCUUGCCAUUGCCGAACCAUUUGACAGCUGCUCAUACGGAGUAAUCGAAUACCUCAAAAUCCCAGCCCACGUUUCUGUACUGUCUUGUGCUCGCAUGGAUCACGCCAGUGACGUCAUCGGACAACUGAUCGCGCCAAGCUAUGUUCCCAGUACACAAAGCGUCUACAGCGAUCGAAUGACGAUGUACGAACGUUUAAUGAACUUUCUGCAGUUCCAAUACGGCAGAAACUUGUUUGCGACAAUCGGUGACAUUGAAGCGGCAAAUGCGAAAAAACUCCUGGGCAUAGAACGAACAUGGAGGGAAAUUCUUCCCGAAUCCUCUUUCCUUCUCACCAAUCACAUUCCGAUUCUUGAGUUUCCGGCGCCAACUCUUGAUAAGAUUAUUCCUAUCGGAGGAUUAUCAGUGAACACUGACAAAAAAUCAAUGAAACUUGAGCAUUAUUUUGACACUAUGGUAUCGAUGAGAAAGAAAAAUGUGAUAAUUUCGUUUGGAUCUGUCAUUCAGUCGAAGGAUAUGCCAGUAGAGCUUAAAAAAUCGAUGGUGGAGAUGAUGGGUUACAUGUCUGAUGUAACUUUCAUCUGGAAGUAUGAAGACCUAGCUGAUAAGAAACAUUUCUGUGGAGUGCUCAAUCUGAAUCGCAUCGAAUGGAUCCCUCAAAAUGAACUUCUCGCCGAUUCGCGCGUUGACGCUUUCAUUACCCAUGGUGGACUGGCCAGUGUCACUGAAUUGGCAAUGAUGGGCAAACCUGCCGUCGUGAUUCCAAUCUUCGCCGACCAAGGCAGGAAUGCAGAAAUGUUGAAACGUCAUGGCGGAGUUGAAAUUUUACAGAAGACAGAUUUGAGUAAUGCAAAACUUUUGGCAAGGACUUUGAGAAAAGUUAUGGAAAAUAAAAAAUACCGCCAGAAUGCGGAGAAAUUGGCUGAACAGAUGAACAACAUGCCCACAGAUCCCAAGAAGACACUUGUCAGUCAUGUGGAAUUUGCAGCAAAAUUCGGUAAACUUCCACACAUGGACCCAUACGGUAGACAUCAGAACUUUUUCGAGUACUACCUAUUGGAUAUCAUCUCUAUUGCUACUGUUGUCAUCUUGACCAUCACAUACACUUUUGUCAAAAUCUGUUUCUGCAUGUUUAGAAGGUGUUGUGGCAGUCGGAAGGUGAAAUUUGAGUGA